CAAAAAUAAGAAAAUGUAUUUAUUGAAAUAAAAAAGAUAAAUAAAUAAAACACUAUGUUGCACCUUAGAAUUCUCAGAUACAACUCACGACUCACGAGAAUGGAAAAAGGGAUACAAAGAUGGAUCGUUGACAUAUCAGAAUGGAACCCUUCACCCAUCGAAUUCUGGUCUGCAGUUUCUGUUCUCCCCAAACAUCAACACUCCUCCAUUUACAGGAAGAGGGCAUUGGUGAGUAGGCUGCUUCAGUAUGCUCUUGUGCACCAAGUGUUGGGAAUCCCUUAUAAUGAGAUAGUUAUCAGGUCAACUGUCGAAGGCAAGCCCUAUGUGCACUAUGAUGAAAUGAGACCGGAAUUUCCGAAUUUCAACUUCAGUGUCAGCCAUCAUGGUGAUUUGGUGGCUAUUGCGUCUGAGCCAUUCUGCCUUGUGGGUUUGGAUAUAGUUUCCCAUGCAUUACCCGUAAAGGAGACUCCCCAACAAUUCAUCAGCAGUUUCUCAUCACAUUUUUCAAGUAUAGAGUGGGAUAAGAUAAUUAAUGCUGGCACCCAUUACGAUAUACUGCAAGAGCUGUACAGAUAUUGGAGUCUGAAGGAAUCAUUCGUUAAAGCAAUAGGGAGUGGAUUGAGGUACAAGUUGGAUGCCCUGGAGUUUAAUCACGUUAGCUGGACCAACAUUUCUGUGAAAUUACUGGGUGAAGAAUUGCGGCAGUGGAAGUUUUGGCAUUUUGAACUAAGGAAGAGAUAUUAUGAAUAUGGUCCUACAGGCUACAGAUGUGAACAUCAGUUAGAACUUUGGUAUAUUAUAGUCUCCAUCACUCGGGGCUCUCCGCAUAUGGCAACGGAAAAUUUCAAGCAAACACUUGGACAGACAGAAUAUGAUGAAGAUGAAUAUAGUUUGGGGUUCAAUCUUCCUAAUACAAGUUUCAUAUGCAGAAGUAUAGAGCAACUCAUACCCAGUGAAUUGUAAUAUAGGCUUCAGUCUUUAUAAAUGUGUUGGGAUCUGGAAAGUAGCAAAGAAAUUAAUUGCAGAGUUAACAUGCAGAGUAUCAUGAUAACUUAUGCUGUUAAGUGUGAUGAAUGUGAGCUAAAGGGUGCAGUACAAAGAAACUAUAAUUGCAGAGUUAACAUGCAGUGAAGCAGAUCUAGGACAUGGCACAUGGGAGUGGAAAUUAAAGCGAAAAUGUGAGUGAUUCUUUCAUAGAGUUGAACAAUUUCUGGGUCUUUUUGCUGAGUUAAUGAUGUACGGAAAUUCGAGUAUAGGAUUUGCAAACGGAUUAUUGUAACAUGCUUAUACUCGUGCUGAAAGUAUUCAAGUAUUUUAGCAGACUGCUACUGGAAUUUUCUUUGGUUUUAUUGUCUCCAAACACGAAUUUGUUACAUUGAGAAUUACAAGUUUGUGCUA